AUGUGGGUGGUGGUCGUGGUGAUGAUUGUGCUAUCGCCGACGGUGAUAGCGCUGAGAGUCUUGACGGUCUCGCACUGGUCACGCUUCUGCAAGCCCGAGGCCGCGGCUCCGGACGCGACAGCGCCAGAGGUCACGGCGGGGGAGAACGUGGCCGCAGGCGUGAAAGUAGGCGUCCAGGUGCGCUUGGGCGUCGCCGUGACCGUACUGCUGGACUUGGGGUUCUUGGGCACGGGUUUGGUGUUGGUGCUGGCGGUGCCGGCCUUGAAGGUUCGCGUGGCGGUCAUCACUUGCCAGUGUGACACUUCGUGGGUCACGGUCUGCGUGUGCGUCGACGUCUCAAGGUUGUAA